CACGCAUGCGCAAGUGACGGACGCUGCGGACAGGGCGAAAUGGCGGUGUCAGCUGGCGCGGCGUCGCGGGGGUUAGCGAAAUGGCUGUUCCGACCCCCGGCGGGAGCGUGGCCAGCAGCUUGCCAGGCUCUUGCACGUAACUUUCACUUUACUGUCUAUGGAAAGAAGAAUGCAUCUGCUAAAGUUUCUGAUUCGAUUUCUACACAAUAUCCCGUAGUGGACCAUGAAUUUGAUGCUGUCGUUGUGGGUGCUGGUGGGGCAGGUUUGCGGGCUGCGUUUGGUUUGUCGGAGGCUGGAUUUAAUACAGCAUGUGUUACAAAGCUGUUCCCUACCAGAUCCCAUACUGUUGCUGCACAGGGAGGGAUCAAUGCUGCUUUGGGAAACAUGGAGGAAGAUAACUGGAGAUGGCACUUUUAUGACACUGUGAAAGGAUCUGAUUGGCUGGGAGACCAGGAUGCCAUUCAUUACAUGACUGAGGAGGCACCUGCUGCAGUUGUAGAGCUAGAAAAUUAUGGAAUGCCAUUUAGCAGAACAGAAGAAGGGAAGAUCUAUCAGCGUGCCUUUGGUGGACAGAGCCUUCAGUUUGGGAAAGGGGGACAGGCUCAUCGAUGCUGUUGUGUCGCGGACAGGACAGGACACUCACUGUUGCAUACCCUGUAUGGCAGGUCCCUAAGAUAUGAUACCAGCUAUUUUGUUGAAUAUUUUGCCUUGGACCUCCUGAUGGAAAAUGGAGAAUGUCGUGGAGUUAUUGCAUUUUGCAUAGAAGAUGGCUCAAUACAUCGUUUAAGAGCAAAGAACACUGUUAUUGCCACUGGUGGGUAUGGCCGCACCUACUUCAGUUGCACAUCUGCUCAUACCAGCACAGGUGAUGGCACAGCUAUGGUCACACGAGCUGGCCUUCCUUGCCAGGACUUAGAGUUUGUACAGUUCCACCCUACAGGUAUCUAUGGUGCUGGCUGUCUUAUCACAGAAGGUUGUCGUGGUGAAGGAGGUAUUCUUAUUAACAGUGAAGGUGAAAGAUUUAUGGAGAGAUAUGCACCUGUUGCUAAGGAUCUGGCUUCCAGAGAUGUAGUGUGUCGUUCUAUGACAAUUGAAAUCCGUGAAGGAAGGGGCUGUGGCCCUGAAAAAGACCACGUAUACUUGCAGUUGCACCAUUUACCACCACAACAGCUAGCAAUGCGCCUCCCUGGAAUUUCAGAAACAGCUAUGAUAUUUGCUGGUGUGGAUGUCACAAAAGAACCUAUUCCUGUUCUUCCUACUGUGCAUUACAAUAUGGGAGGUAUUCCUACUAACUACAAAGGGCAGGUAAUUACACAUGUGAAUGGCAAAGAUCAAGUAGUACCUGGCUUGUAUGCUUGUGGGGAAGCAGCCUCUGCAUCUGUUCAUGGUGCUAAUCGACUUGGAGCAAACUCUCUUUUGGACUUGGUGGUCUUUGGUCGUGCUUGUGCCCUUAGUAUUGCAGAAUUAUGCAAGCCUGGAGAACCAGUUCCUUCAAUUAAACCAAAUGCCGGAGAAGAAUCUGUUGCAAAUCUUGACAAACUGCGAUUUGCCAAUGGAAACAUAAGAACAUCAGAACUGAGGCUUAAUAUGCAAAAGACAAUGCAAAGUCAUGCCGCAGUGUUCCGAACAGGCUCAGUACUACAAGAAGGCUGUGAGAAACUCAGCCGCAUUUAUCGUGAUUUGGAUGACCUGAAGACAUUUGACAGAGGUACUGUGUGGAAUACUGACUUAGUGGAGACCUUGGAACUGCAAAAUUUGAUGCUGUGUGCUAUGCAAACUGUAUAUGGUGCUGAGGCUCGGAAAGAAUCUCGUGGUGCUCAUGCCAGAGAAGACUACAAGGUAAGAAUAGAUGAAUAUGAUUUUUCCAAGCCAAUCCAAGGGCAACAGAAAAAACCAUUUGAAGAACAUUGGAGAAAACACACCCUUUCUUAUGUGGAUGUCAAGACUGGGAAGGUUACUUUGAGUUACAGACCUGUAAUUGACAAAACUUUAAAUGAAGAAGACUGUGCAACAGUUCCACCUGCUAUUCGUUCCUACUAAUGAUGGUUAGCUGUCUAAAUCAAUUUAUGUAAUUAUGUAUAUGUCUGCCAGAGCUUGCUGGUAUACGUGAAGUAUAAGUAUUCUGUUAUUCAGAAAGUUACUGUUAUGUUAGUGAUGGUUGAAGAAUGCUGUCUAGAGAUUUCUCACUGAUGCUGUGCUUGGUGGCUAGCAUAUCACCAUUAAACAAAUGUGCGCAAAGCUGUACACUGAUUUUCAUCCCUUUGUCAAAACAUUUGAUGUGAACAUACAGAACUAAUACCAAAAUAAAAUAAUCUAAAACAGCCUUGUCUACUUGUUACAGCUUUUCUUCAAACUUCUGGAGCGCUACACAUUGAAAUAAACUUAAUGCAUUUAUUUUGAAAAAGGGGCUACUGUAAUGUGCUGCUUGAGACUUGCAUUUCAUGAUUAGGGGUAUGAUUUAAAGUUGAGCCUCCAGGACAGUAUCUUUGUCUUGUUGCACAUUACCUAUUUAUCUUAUAGUUGCUGUGGGAACUGUAACUUUGAAUUUCUAAACCUAAGAUUUAAAGCAUCUGUUAUGUUUAAUUAGUGCACUGUAGGGCUUUUUUAUUUUUAUUUAUUUGAAGAAACCUGAUUAUUUUAUUACAAGGCAAAUUCUUUCCUUUGAGCAAAUAUCUUCCAUCCAAAGGUAGACUGAAUAAACUGAACAUAUUCUUAGUCAAGUCAAAACCACUGGAAAAAUUAAAAGAUUUACAGAAUAUUCCUAUGGAGCAUAUAUCUGAGGAUGGAUAAAUUAGAGUGAAUUCCCUAGAAAAGGACUUUUUUCUUCCUCCCAACCAAGAAAUAAACAAAGGAUCAGAUUUAUAGAACAGGGUUCUUUAUAGCUUAAUAUUGCUACAAAACAUGUAUCAUGCUUAAUGUUAACAAUAUAAAAUGAAAAGCAUACACUACAGAAUUUCCUUAGCACACAAAUACAUCUUGUCUGCUAAUCUGAGUGGGGAUGACAAACAUGAAUAUUGUAAUUAAAUACUGUUGUGUAUUUGCAUAAAGAAUUCCUUUUCUAUUACUG